AUGUGUUUCACAUGUACUUUUAUUUCACAGGUCAGUCUUGGAGGAGGUGACACUGAAAUACAGUCACAAGAAAGUGACGAUGACGGGACAGUGUCAACUGUUUCAGUUGAUUCAACGGAGGACUCUGUGGAAGAGGCCAGAGGUGCAUCAACAGCAGUGGAUGGUGUCCCCAAGUUAAAGCGUGCUGUUGAGCAAAGUACAGUUAGUUUGUCACUGAAGGGUUAUCAGAUGAUUGUUAAAUCAGUAUUUCGUGAACAGCUCGAUAGAGACAACAUUGUCAAAGUGCUAAGAAGUAGAUUUUCAGUGAAAGCAAAUACCUUGAUAACAUUGACAGUAUCACAGCUAACAGAGAUCAUUGCAAAGAAAUUGUUGAACUAUCAAUUCUGUUCCAUCAAGAAGGGGGCCAGCUCAAGUAACAUGAAAAUGUAG